AUGGCUCUCUGUUGUUUUUUAUUUUCGUUAAUACUUCUUUUCAUUAAUACUUCUUUUCUUCAUACAUUUUCUUUCUACACAAUCAUCUAUCUUUCUCUCUCUUUAUGCUUUUCUACACUUUCUCAUUUUCCCCAGGCAUCUUGCUACCUUAAAUCUAUACCUCCCUCUAUAUACAUACACACUUUCCCUCUUUUUCUAUCAUUUCUCUCUUUCUCUUCUUUCUCAUAUCUAUCCCUCAAUCAAUAUACGUGCACACUUUCUCUCUCUUUCUAUCAUUUUCUCUCUUUCUCUUCUUUCUCAUAUCUAUCCCUCUCUCAAUAUACAUGCACACUUUCUUUCUCUUUCCAUCAUUUUCCCUCUUUCUCUUCUUUCUCAUAUCUAUCCCUCUCUCAAUAUACAUACACACUUUCUCUUUCUCUCAUAUACACCCCUCUCUAUAUACAUACACUCUUUCUUUUUACAACCAUUUUCCCUCUUUCUCCCUUUCUCCCAUAUACACACUUUUAUUAUUCAUCAUUAAUUUGUUCCUGA